GCUCAGGCUUCCCUCCGAGAGCAGUUUGCGUUUUCGGGAGUACUGUUUGAUGUUAGUGAAAGAUAUAAUGUUGACGACUAAUGUGCCACUAAGCAGUGUGAAAUCAAAUGCUGGGAACAAAAGCAUAAUGUUGGUGUCGGAUGGCAGCUGGUUCCCAAACAACAGCGGAGUGUAGUUACACAUACGGCUGCAUUCAUUGUACUCCAGCGUGAAACUACCGCUAAAGACGAGGGGUGCCAAAGCCAGCAAGAAGCUAGCAGUCCAGGAAAGCAGGAUGAGGAGCAGAGUUCGUCUGCGGGUCACCAGGGAGUCCUUGUGGAGUGGCCGCAGGAUGGCAACACUUCGCUCCACUGUCAUGAGGAAGAUGGUGCUAAUGGAGACAAAGGUACACCCAGCAAACACCGGGCCAAUCAGCAUGCAGGGCUGCCAGGGGCUGACGAGUCCUCCAAGAGACGAGGAGGUGGCUGGGGAAGUAGAGCUACCCUGGUACCAAAUUGGAGGAGUGCUGGUCACCAUUAGAGAGAUCUCAGUGUAGACCGAGAAGGGAACCACAAGGACACCAACCAUCAUAUCCGCUAUGGCCAGAGAUACUGUCACAGAGAGACAAAACAAACAGGAGUAUCAGGACAGUUUUCUUGUCAGUAUGUCUCCAGUUUUUCUGUAAUGAUUUCACAAAGGCAAAAAGGAGCUGCUUUGUUGAGCAAUUUUCAGCAGAAUUUGUCACUAUUUCAUGAGGAAGAAGAAAAUCUGACAUCCAUAUCUAGCAAGUACAGUAUUAGUAUCACUGCAGUUAGGUGUGGCACUGUAAUACAUUGCUUUCUGCUUUUGUGGAUUAGUUCUAUGGAUGGCUGAAGCUUAUCAACACUGAUUUACGCUUUUCCGGUUAGAGAAAGUUAUUCCCUAUAAUAUUUAUUUUCUGCUCCAAACAAAAAUAACAUGUUUAACAUCAUUUACCUUUCAGGUAUCCCUGUGGCGUUCGCGAUUGCCUCGUUUGCACAAAGACAGUAAGAGUGACCACAUUUCCGAUCACAAUGGCAAACGCCAGGCUGACCAUGAACACCACUGCCAGUGUUCGAUUGAGAAAUCCACAACAGCAAAGGGUGCAGAGAGGGGCCAGGGAAUGACCUGAGUCGAGUCCUCCCUGAGCGUUGGCGGUCAGAUUAAAAGGACCAUCUGAGGCCAGCAGCAGAACCGCUGCGCUUCCAGGGAGACUCAUGUUGUAGGGCAGUGCAGCCAUGGCCCAGGAUGAUCUUCUUUACCCUUUGAGGUGAGUAGGUGUUGAAGCUGCAGAGGAGAUCAUGUCUUUAGACGGUAAACCAUCCUAAGAUAAGAAAAAAUAGACAAAGUGAGUGGAAUAAUCUGUAACAACAGUGAUCCAAUCUUUUCAAAAACAGAUUUUUAUACGUUAGUGUUACUUUUGCUACUUUUGGUGAACGGUUUCUUCAAGUCUUUCCUCUUGACUAAAUUAUUCAACCACAGAAACUUCAAAGUUACUCCCCCCUCUAGGAUUCUCCUUCUGAGGGAUCAGGACAUUUCUAAGCCUCUACCAGUUGGAUGUACCUCAAAAACCUUCAUAAAUGACUCUUUAUGGAUACUUCAGCUUCUUACCUUAAAGCUCCUGUGAGUUUUUUUUUUUUAACUUUAUCAAAUAAACAAGAAUUCAGAUUGGUGCAUUUUCAUGUUGUACAAAAACAAAACAAAACAAAACAAAAAAGACCAACAGUCAAAAGACUGCAGGUUUUUAUGUUAUUUCUACUUCCUUAAACUAGUGCAAGAGGGUAGGUGUCAGCCACGCAGCCAAAGAAACAGCCCUGUUGUCACAAUUUCCACAAACAAUACUCAAUGAAUGAAACAUUUAAAAGUCAAAAGUUAGCAAAAUACUUCAUCAUGCAGAGGACAAGAAAAAUAAGGAUUGCAGAAUUGCAGAAUGAGAACAAACAGGAAUGUCCACACAGGAGCUUUAACUUAAUUAAUGUGAAAAUGAUAAAUUAUGAUUUUUCAUUUUGUUAUAUAUGGUUGUCCUCUUACUUCUUACGUACUUACAACCACAUAGAGAAAAACAAUGUCAUUUAAGUCUAAUAGUAAUAUAAAUAUAAUAUAAAUAUAAAGUAAACUAAAAACCCUAGAAACCCUAAAUCUUAACCUGCCUGUCAGAUAUGCUUCCUUUGGUUUAGGGUGUAAUGGACUGGUCUAAGCUUUUAUGAUCUGUGUUAGAAAUGGAUCCCAUAUUUUGUUUGUCCUCUGCAAACACCCAUUUAAGCAAGGGUAUGUGAAUAAACAUGAAUAAUAUCACCCAGUUUUCUUUUGAUUUGACUCACUUAUCUCUGACCUUUGCAAUCUUUUUCACAUUUCAAGUUAAACUGCUGUUCUUAAUUAUUAUUCUUAUAUUCUUAAAGAUAUCUUCUGUGCAGUCAUACAACUCGGAGGGAACAUUAUGACACCUGACGUCAUUGUUUCAUGUGUCCAAAACACUGGUUCACUCAGAGCUUUCAACCAUUUCUCUGCCUUUCAUGUUCACUCCUUUGAUGUGGUUUUCAUCAUUCCUCCCAUUGUCUAUCCGUCUCCCUCUAAAGGUAUUCUCCCCUCAGCUCUGGGUCUUCAGUUCACACAAUACAAGCUCCUUCACUGUUUUUACAGUUCAGCUGCAAUUCAGUUCGUGGAACUACACUACAUUACAUUAAAGUCAUUUGGUGAUACAUUUAUCUGUAUUUUGUGUCGCUCACUGUUUUUUGGAUGUUGAUGGUAAAAAUGUUUUUAAAGACCGUCGGGGAACUUCUUAGAAGACAGAAUUUAGUUUACAUUCUCAGAAGAUCCCCCCUCAAACCAGCCUCCUGUCUGAACCUCUCACACACUGGACCUUGAGCUGCCAAAGCUCAUAAAAACACUUCAGCAUUAUUUAACUGGUGAUGUUGAACCAGAGCAGCAAGAAACUGCUGGCUGGUAUGUUGUUAAAAUUUCAGUUUUAAGACAUUUCUUGUACUCUAUUACUGCUACAAGACAAAAUUGAAGACGUCUACCUUCUACCUUCAGUUUUGCCUUUUGUUAGUAUAGUCAUCAGGACUCAAAUGAUCUACAAGACCUCAAUAAACUAGAUUGGAUGCAAAAUUAAAUAAAUCUUGUUAUUUUAGCAAAUAGGGCUCUGGACCAUAGACUGUUUAUACUACGGACAACUUGGCCCCACCGUCUGUCAUUAUAUGAAUUUGAAGCUGAAUUGCCCUCUCUGUAUUUCCGGGAUUUUCUCAACUUGCACAUUAGUGUUGUACGCAUUUGGCGGGAGAGCCACUGUGAUGACGCUCUGCUCAAAUAGCGUAUCUUCUGAGUGAUCUAUGCAAUCUUCGUACACCCAUAGGCUGUAUCAAGUGUCAGUCAUAGAAAACAUGAACCCCCUAAUAACUUGAGCACAAACCAGUCUUACUGUAACUACAUGUCAACAUCGCAAGCCGGGGAAGAAAAAUCUAUGUUCUGUGUAAUUAAUUUCUAAAGUUUGUCCACAACCCCAUAGGAAUUAGUGGAGGAGGCAGGAUUUAUAACCUAUACUGCAGCCCGUCACCAGAGGGUGCUGUUCUCUCUGUGGCUUCACCCAGUGAGGAGGCAGACACUGUCCAUUCUAUAUACAGUCUGCGCUCUGGACAUGCUAAACUAUUAUCUGUUUUUCUAUAUUUUAAAGAAUUUUUUUUAUUUAUUGGUGUUUUAAGUUGUCUUGUGCACAGGAAACCGAGUCAAUAGUUCCUGUAAUUCUUCCUAGAGGACCCCUCUGGUUUUAAUGGAUACAGCGUGCCUGCUUUCAUUGGAUUAUUGUCUGUUGAUGAAUACUCUGCACUGAUCUCUGAUUUUGUUUUUAGUUCAGGUGGUUUAUUAGCUCGGGUGAGGGCAUGUGCUAAUGACUGCCUGAUUGAUAUCAUCAUGACUCUAUACUGCUCCAUACUGUGGGUGUGGUGAGACGCCUCCAUCUUGUUUUAUUUUGGCUGGACUUCCUGCGUUUCCUUGUUUGCCUGGUCUGGCUUCACUCUUUUCCAGAGCUUCCUCCCCUCCCCCGGCGCUGAGGCUGAGUGAGACUACACACCUGCUCCACAUCUCCAAUCAAGGCACUUUAAGAAGCCUGCAGCCCUCAGCCUCAGGGCCUGAGUAUUGUCUACCCUUCCUAGCGGUACAGACGUGUCUCCUGGCCUUCCUCGUGGUAUAAUCUUCAGAACUUUGCUCCCAGUGACUAUUUUCAUGUUCAUUAACUCCUGUCUCCUCUGUUUUUUUUCCUGCAGUGUCUCCAGCCCACACGACAGCCAGCCAACCAGCCCUUCGGACUUCCUCUGUUUGCACUAUCUCCCCUUUUUUGGACAUUAAAAGUCUCUUUAAGUUGAUCUCAGUCUCUGUGUCUGCAUCUGGGUCCUCACCACGAACCUGCCACGCAACAGAAUACUCAGGCCAGGAAAAUGGACCCAGCAGACCCAGACAGAGUUCAUCAAGCCUUCCAAGAGCUCGAACUUCGCCUCGAUCGGCGUGAGGACAUGCUCCAGGGCCUCAACCAAGCCUGUCAGGGCCUCACCGUUCAAAUAGCGCAACUGGCGGAUCAACUCCUCUCCCGGCUACCCCCGCAGCAAUCUGGGUCUCCCCCCUCUGUGAGUACGGUCCCCUCUUCACCUCCUCCACCACCCUUUAUCCUCAAAGAGCCCUAUGUCCCUCCUCCUGAGCCAUAUGCUGUGGAGAGUGGGGGCUGCAGAGGUUUCCCGCUCCGCUGCGCACUAGUCUUUGACCAUAAGCCCCAGCUUCCCGUGUACCAACCCAAGCCUAGGCCCCAGCUUCCCGUGUACCAGCCCAAGCCUAGGCCCCAGCUUCCCGUGUACCAACCCAAGCCUAGGCCCCAGCUUCCCGUGUACCAGCCCGAGCCUGGGCCCCAGCUUCCCGUGUACCAGCCCGAGCCUGGGCCCCAGCUUCCCGUGUACCAGCCCGAGCCUAGGCCCCAGCUUCCCGUGUACCAGCCCGAGCCUAGGCCCCAGCUUCCCGUGUACCAGCCCGGGCCAAGGCCCCAGCUUCCCGUGUACCAGCCCGAGCCUAGGCCCCAGCUUCCCGUGUACCAGCCCGAGCCUAGGCCCCAGCUUCCCGUGUACCAGCCCGAGCCUAGGCCCCAGCUUCCCGUGUACCAGCCCGAGCCUAGGCCCCAGCUUCCCGUGUACCAGCCCGAGCCUAGGCCCCAGCUUCCCGUGUACCAGCCCGAGCCUAGGCCCCAGCUUCCCGUGUACCAGCCCGAGCCUAGGCCCCAGCUUCCCGUGUACCAGCCCGAGCCUAGGCCCCAGCUUCCCGUGUACCAGCCCGAGCCUAGGCCCCAGCUUCCCGUGUACCAGCCCGAGCCUAGGCCCCAGCUUCCCGUGUACCAGCCCGAGCCUAGGCCCCAGCUUCCCGUGUACCAGCCCGAGCCUAGGCCCCAGCUUCCCGUGUACCAGCCCGAGCCUAGGCCCCAGCUUCCCGUGUACCAGCCCGAGCCUAGGCCCCAGCUUCCCGUGUACCAGCCCGAGCCUAGGCCCCAGCUUCCCGUGUACCAGCCCGAGCCUAGGCCCCAGCUUCCCGUGUACCAGCCCGAGCCUAGGCCCCAGCUUCCCGUGUACCAGCCCGAGCCUAGGCCCCAGCUUCCCGUGUACCAGCCCGAGCCUAGGCCCCAGCUUCCCGUGUACCAGCUCCAGGCUCCCAGUGUUCAGGCCAAGCUGCGGCCCCAGGCUCCCAGUGUUCAGGCCAAGCAGCGGCCCCAGGCUCCCAGUGUUCAGGCCAAGCAGCGGCCCCAGGCUCCCAGUGUUCAGGCCAAGCAGCGGCCCCAGGCUCCCAGUUUUCAGGCCAAGCAGCGGCCCCAGGCUCCCAGUUUUCAGGCCAAGCAGCGGCCCCAGGCUCCCAGUGUUCAGGCCAAGCAGCGGCCCCAGGCUCCCAGUUUUCAGGCCAAACCGCGGCCCCAGCAGCCUGCGUACCGGCCCAAGCCCCAGCAGCCUGCGUACCAGCCAAAGCUCCAUCCUUGCGCCUUCUACUUCCGGAAAUUCUCACCCACCAAACGAAAGCACGACGUGGGAAACUCUGAGUUGCUGGCUGUUGUGUGGGCACUCCAAAGAUGGAGACACUGGCUGGAAGGAGAACAACAACCAUUCCUCAUUUGGACCAACAACAGAAACCUGCAAUACCUCCGCUCUGGUCGUCGCCUCAACUCCAGGCAAGCCCGCUGGUCCCUUUUCCUUCAUAGAUUCACCUUCACCGUCUCCUGUCGUCCCGGCUCCCGCGACCUCAAACCAGACACCCUCUCUCGGACCCACUCCUUGGUUACCCCGGACCCCAUCCUCCCUGCCUCCUGUGUCGUCGGCUCCACCUCUUGGGAGAUCAACACCAUCUUCCAUGUCUCCUUGUUAAGACCUGUUGCCUCGUGCACCCUGAGCCCUCCUUCCGUCGCCCCUCCACCCACCCGGUUGAUUGACGACCUCCCUGCCCUCACUGUAUGGAAAAUCCUGGACGUGCGGCUUCGGGGGCGAGGCUUCCAAUGUCUCGUGGACUGGGAGGGGUACGGUCCAGAGGAGCAUUCCUGGAUCUCCCGCUCCCUCAUCCUGGACCACCAAUUCCUUGAGGACUUCUACGUCGCUCACCCCAAUAAGCCCGGCAGAACGCCAAGAGGCGUUCGUUAAGGGGGGGGUACUGUGGUGAGACGCCUCCAUCUUGUUUUAUUUUGGCUGGACUUCCUGCGUUUCCUUGUUUGCCUGGUCUGGCUUCACUCUUUUCCAGAGCUUCCUCCCCUCCCCCGGCGCUGAGGCUGAGUGAGACUACACACCUGCUCCACAUCUCCAAUCAAGGCACUUUAAGAAGCCUGCAGCCCUCAGCCUCAGGGCCUGAGUAUUGUCUACCCUUCCUAGCGGUACAGACGUGUCUCCUGGCCUUCCUCGUGGUAUAAUCUUCAGAACUUUGCUCCCAGUGACUAUUUUCAUGUUCAUUAACUCCUGUCUCCUCUGGUUUUUUCCUGCAGUGUCUCCAGCCCACACGACAGCCAGCCAACCAGCCCUUCGGACUUCCUCUGUUUGCACUAUCUCCCCUUUUUUUGGACAUUAAAAGUCUCUUUAAGUUGAUCUCAGUCUCUGUGUCUGCAUCUGGGUCCUCACCACGAACCUGCCUCGCAACAGUGGGCCUCUCAUUAGAUGGUAAUCAAUCUAGCAUUGAGUGGAUGUGCUGUGAAAUUAUCAACCUUUGUUAUCCAAAGUGUUGACAUCUCUGGGCGGUGUAUAUUAUAAAAACAUGCUUUCAAACGUGCUUGAAGAAAAGUGAAAAGUAAAAGCUCUUUAGUUGUUUAUUCUCGAAUGUAUUAAUGAUCUGAAAUCCUUCCCUUUGCCACAUUGUAGACUUGAAAUUUUUGUAAAGAUGACAUUGGGCUGUUUAUGUGUGGGGUCAGUCAGACCCUGAGGACAUCUAACUCUUCUCCACUCUUAAUGUUAGUGGACUAAUUUAGACCUGGGAGGGUGUAUACUGCAUAAAUAGCACUGUCAACAUAUAAUAGUCUCAGAUGUAGAACAUCCAAAAAGGCUUCUUUUAUGACUGAGCCAUAACCAUGCAGUAAUCAUGUCAGCGAUAUCAUGCACACACUUAAGAUUUAGAUAUUUAAAGAAAUGAAGAAGUGGUUGCUUUUUGGUUGUAUAUUGUUCUCCGUGUGAAAGGUAGAGAGAAAAUCUGUCUUCAACAAAUGAGUCAGUGUACACCUAUCACCAUAUUACUCAUCCACAGCAGCUAUUAUAAAAUGUCUCCUCUCAAAAUGAUCAAGGCCACUUCCAACAAGAGUGUUUCAUAACUUUAUGAAUGAAUUCAGAUAAAACCUGAAUGAUUAAGAGUCAAUUCAAGAUUUAAGCUUUUUUUGUUGAUGAUGUCUGCCAUAUCUGAGUGCACGCACAGGAAUCAAAAAGGACGUUUCUCUCCAGCCCACGGCGCAAAAAUAAAGAAAAUAUACUACAAAAGUAUAAUACAGUAAAAGAAAGAGUGUUUUAUUUAUGUACACAUUUACAUCUGCACUUUGUAAAUGAAGUGCAGAUGGUGGAUGCAAGUUGCAGUAUUCCAUUGAUGUAAACAGCAAUUUAUCUGUGAACUCCAGCACAGUUAUAGUGCAAGAUAUGUGGGAGAAAAAGGUGAAAUUCACUGAGUAUGUUGAAUCAUUCCUUAAGUGUGUUAUAUGAUCUGUGAAUCUUCAUUGACCACAUGAAUCAUUUCUCAUUUUUAAAUGAAUAAUGACAUUUAAAGCAUAAAUUUACACAUUCAACUUUUCUAACUGAUGAAAUAAAUUUAUCUUAUCGAAAUAUAAAUGGGUUAAGUUGAUUGUUUUUAAGUCUUGAAGUACAUUUCCUUAAAUAUAACACAAAAACGUUUUUGUUUUUUUUUGAAAGAUGGAGGAUCAGCCUCAUUCAGGGGUUUUGAGCAUCUAUCUUGAGGGAUGGUGACAGGCAGAAGAUUACCCUGAGGCAAGUCCUCAGGUACAGUGAGACAAGCAGCUGACAGCAAUCACAGUGCUCAGAUGGACAGACACAAAAGUGUCAAAGAGAUGUGGUUCAAAGAUUUUUACAGUGAAGGAUAUCAAUUUUUGAACAGCUGAUGUCAGUGCCUGUGAUGAGAGAUGGUUGGCUGACAUAUAAUGUACAUUAUCACACAAUGUACCUGUUUUCUUAUAAGCCAGUUUUGGGUUUUUUUAAAUAAAUUUUUGAGGUAAGAAUGUUAAGUAGAGACUUAAGAGUUAUGUUAAUAGAUAGAUUUCAAAACAUGACUGAUAAUUAUGGCAGAGGCUGAAUUUUCUAUACACCACAUUAGAAUUUGUUUAGUGUUACACAUUAGCCAGUAAUGAUUUUAGAUUCAACAUGUUGUCAUUUAGGAUUAGAGAAACGUAUAAUCACUGAGAGAAAACUCUUGUGAGUGCCAGUGCCAACAUGAAUUAAUCCGUCUGUCUGUUUGUUGAUCUAACUUUAGCUUGUAAAGUCACAAAAUAUCAGGGAAGAAACUGUUUCAAAAGCCUAAAUCAGAAUGUAGAAUGUAGAAUGGACCUAAACGAUUGCCCUCUAGCUUGAAUUAGUCUAAUAAUCAAAUUCAUGGUUAUCAGUGGGAACAGUCUUCAGUUUUAGAAAUGUGUAUUUUAUUAGAAAGAGUGUUAAGGAGGAGAUGGAGGAGUAAGAGCUGGAGUCAAUUCAAGUGAAGGAGUGCUCACAAUGUCAGAGCAUCUUAAGAUAAGAUAGAAUAAGAGAAGAAGAACUUUACUAACCCCCAAAG